CUUAGAGCCUUUGCAGGUUAAAUUUUGGUUCCAGAACAAACGAACACAAAUGAAGGCUCAGCAUGAACGCUUUGAUAACACACAGCUGAGGAAUGAAAAUGAAAAGCUCCAGGCAGAGAACAUACGGUACAAGGAAGCCCUCGCAAACGCCAACUGUCCUAACUGUGGAGGGCCAGCAGCUAUUGGUGAAAUGUCUUUUGAUGAACAACAGUUGAGGAUUGAAAAUGCUCGUCUACAAGAAGAGAUUGAUAGGAUAUCUGGAAUUGCUGCCAAGUAUGUUGGCAAGCCAAUGCUCUCUUACCCUGAUGCAUCGUCUCAAGGACCCUCUCGCUCACUUGACUUACCUGUGCCUAGUUUUAGUCCACAACAAGGGAUGGUAGGCGAGAUGUUUGGAACAAACGACCUUCUUCGGUCCAUGGCUGGCCCUACUGAGGCUGAGAAGCCUAUUAUCAUUGAGCUAGCUGUUACAGCCAUGGAGGAACUGGUUAGAAUGGCUCAGGUUUGUGAGCCCUUGUGGGUUCCAACCUCAAAUAACUCUCAUGAGAUUUUAAGUGAAGAUGAGUAUAUGCGGUCAUUUCCUAGAGGCAUUGGGCCGAAACUAAUGGGAUUGAAAUCUGAAGCUUCAAGGGAAUCGAUGGUCGUCAUCAUGAAUCAUAUGACUCUUGUGGAAAUUCUAAUGGAUGUGAAUCAAUGGUCAAAUGUGUUUUGUGGCAUUGUUUCAAGAGCAAUGACUUUAGAAGUGCUUUCAACCGGAGUGGCUGGCAAUUAUAAUGGAGCUCUUCAAGUGAUGACAGCUGAAUAUCAAAUUCCUUCACCACUCGUUCCAACACGAGAAAACUAUUUCGUUCGGUAUUGUAAACAACAUGGUGAUGGGACGUGGGCGGUUGUUGAUGUAUCCUUGGAUAAUAUGCGCUCAUCAAGUUCAAGAUGUAGGAGAAGGCCCUCUGGCUGCUUGAUUCAAGAACUUCCUAAUGGCUACUCAAAGGUCACUUGGAUCGAACAUGUUGAAGUUGAUAAUGGUCCCGUUCAUGAUAUCUAUAAGGUACUAGUAAACUCUGGUCUAGCAUUUGCUGCAAAAAGAUGGGUAGCCACUUUAGAUAGACAAAGUGAACGACUUGCAAGCGCAAUGGCUAGCAAUAUUCCUGCAGGAGAUGUCGGAGUUAUAAUGUCUCCAGAAGGGCGAAAGAGUAUGUUGAAGUUAGCAGAAAGAAUGGUGUUGAGCUUCUGUAGUGGGAUUGGUGCUUCGACUGCUCACACAUGGACAACUUUAUCUGGUAGUGGAGGAGAUGAUGUGCGUGUAAUGACCCGAAAGAGUGUAGAUGAUCCAGGCAGGCCUUCUGGUAUUGUGCUAAGUGCUGCAACUUCAUUUUGGUUACCAGUUCAACCAAAACAGGUUUUCAAUUUUCUUCGCGAUGAGAACUCUAGGAGUGAGUGGGACAUACUUUCAAAUUGUGGGCAUGUUGAAGAAAUCGCACACAUUGCCAAUGGUCGUGAUCCAGGAAAUUGUGUUUCCCUGCUGCGUGUUAAUAGUGCAAAUUCAAGUCAGAGCAACAUGCUCAUCCUACAAGAGAGUUCAACCGAUUUUACAGGUUCAUAUGUUAUAUAUGCACCAGUGGAUAUUGGUGCAAUGAAUAUUGCAUUAAAUGGAGGUGAUCCAGAUUAUGUUGCGUUGCUUCCAUCUGGUUUUGCCAUACUUCCUGAUGGACCUGGACAUUAUGAAGGAGGAGUUCUUGUUGGUGGAACCGGUGGAUCAUUACUCACCAUCGCAUUCCAGAUUUUAGUAGAUUCGGUUCCUACAUCCAAACUAUCACUACGAUCGGUGGCAACACAAUGGGGAUUUUAUAAGUGGUGUGAAGGAAAGGGGAAAAACAUCUUGGCAGGCGAUAAUUUCUCUGUUAUCUUUAGGAAUAGAUGGAAGAAGUCAAGAACGAACCUGAACGAUCAUUCCUUUAGAAAUUUUCAAGGUUUAUCAAGGUUCGGGUAUUGACUUUGCAUAUCUUGAAGAUUAUAGAGUAAACUUAGACCUUGUCGAGUAAAUACUAGUUAAAACUCUCAAACGCUUCUUUUUUUUUUUUCUCUUGGGUUUCAUUAGAGAUUUUCAGUCUUUUGUGUUUUUUGGAUUAGAAUUAAAUUGGUAACCUGCAUCAAGCUACAGGCAAC